UCAUGUGAAACACAAUCCCGCUGGGAAGGAAGAAACUCCGCGCAGAGCCCAGGCAGGGAGGCAGACAGACAGACAAACCUCAACUUAUUUCAUUAUCGCCCUAUUGCGGAGAGGGGGGGCGAUACCGAGGAGGAAGCCAUCCCUCGUUAGGAUUUACAGCCACGCGUUUCAGUAGAGGAGUGACUAACCAGGAGAGGAUUUAAAAAAAAAAAAAAAAAACUUCCUGAACUGAGCCUGACAACCCGGUGAAUCGAGUUCACGAAGAAGCGCUCUCAUAUUUCACUUGUCUCUCAGCAGCAAGAGGACUUUUUUUCUCUCUCUCUCUCUCUCCUGCGGACAGAGCGGAAUUUGGACUCUGCUGACCGCUAAAUAUUCUGAGGACCGCGCCGUAGACCUAUUUUUUUUUUAUUAUUUUAUUUAUUUGUUCUGUCAUUAUUAUAACCUCCAAACAACAUAUUAAUAAUACAAUCGGGAGUUGCACCUGCAGUCCGCGGCAAUGGGGGAGCAGCCGAUCUACACCACCAGGGCCCACGUGUUCCAAAUCGAUCCGAGCACCAAGAAGAACUGGGUUCCCGCCAGCAAGCAGGCCGUCACCGUCUCUUAUUUUUACGACAGCACACGCAACAGCUAUCGCAUUAUCAGCGUGGAUGGAUCCAAGGUUAUUAUCAACAGCACAAUCACACCCAAUAUGACCUUCACCAAGACGUCCCAGAAGUUCGGCCAGUGGGCGGACAGCCGGGCCAACACGGUGUUUGGUCUGGGAUUUGCUUCAGAGCAACAGCUGGCAAAGUUUGCAGAGAAGUUCCAGGAAGUUAAAGACGCAGCCAAGUUGGCAAAGGACAAAUCACAAGAAAAGGGCGACACGUUGAGCAACCACUCCCAGGAGUCUGGACGGGAGACGCCUUCAGCAAACCAGGCAUCAAGCUUCAACGGGACAGAUGACGAGAAAAUCUCCUUCAGUCCGGAGAGCGCUCAGCUGAAGAGUGAAAAUGAACGUCUCAAAAGCUUCGUAGAGCAGAGCAACACCACUGCGAAGAAGUACGAAACAGAGCUCCAGACCUUGAAAGAAAAUAAUGCCCGACUGGUGGACGCGCUGCAGGAGUCUUCAGCUAAUGUAGAAAGCUGGAAGAAGGAGCUAGCUGCCUGCCAAGAAGAGAGUGACACUCUCAGGAAAAAGAUCGGAGAACUGGAGGCCCAAUGCAACGAAGCCAGUCAGGAGAAGCAGAAAAACGCCCAGCUGACCGUUCGAGUGCGGGAGCUGGAGGCGGAGCUGCAGGAGAAGGAGCAGGAGUUGGAGAAUCUGAGGCGGCAGGCGGAGAUAAUCCCUCAGCUGAUGGGAGAGUGCGAGAGCAUCGGUGCAAAACUGAAGGCUGCAGAAUCAAAGAACAAGGAGCUGGAGGGAAGAAUUGACGGUCUUCAGAUGGACGUCAGUGACAGUCGACAGAAACAAGGAAACAUGAAGGGCGAGCUGAAGAAGUUCAUGGACAUCCUGGAUGGAAAGCUGGAGGAGCUGCACGAGUUCAGACAGGGACUCUCCAAACUCGGUGUCGAUAACUGAGAAACGUUGCUGAGCUGAAAAGGGCGAGAGGUCAGGCAUGAAGGAUUCACUCAAAGGUCUCUUCAGGGCAGAAACUACGCGGCACCUACUCCCCCCCAAAGCGAUGUCCUCUCUGAAUCUAACAGCUUUGGCUUUUAAUCAACACUACCUUGUGAAAAAAAAGAGUUGUUGGCAGACCUAAUAAAAGGGGAAGACCAGCAAGUCCCACAGAAUGGCUCCAUUUAGCGUGCUGGCUUCAUGAAACAUCGGAGCCUCACGCUUUGAGCUCAUUCAUCCGUUUCUGUGGGGGGGGGGGAAGGCUUUAAAAGGCUGGUGGUGGGUUCUUAGAUUCUGUCCAUCUGUCUCUUUUCUGGAGGCUGUAGAACUUCUACACAAGCUGUAUGAGCUUAACGUAGAAGAGGGGACUUAAAAGGGCUAAAAUAAACCAGACAUCAUUAUUAAAGUAAUAACUCUGCCCCCCCCUCUCCCUUCAUAUUUGAAGUUUAAGUCCCUCUACAGACUGUCCCUGCUGCUGCCUCUUAUGUAUCUCAGGUGUGUUAGAAGACAGUUUGUAUACAUUUAAAUUAUAUGCACAUAUAGAAUAAAUGGCCGUGACACAAAGUGCCUCCAGGUAAGUUUAAAUCUCCCUGGAAAGGAAAACGGGCCAACCAAUGACCAUCACCAUAAUAACUUGAUUAUUUCCGUACAACCGUAAGACGUCCUCCUCCGCUUGAGAACAAACGGAUCAUCCUCUUCCAGAGCUGCUCAGAAGAAAAACACGGAGAGGGCUCUGGGGAGACUGCCGCAGGAAGUUUUUUAGUAAAGCGCCUUUUGAUUACAUUUGCAUUUAGAAGGAAAACUCUGGAUCUUUCCUAUUAAAAAAAAACAUCCACAAUGAGAGCAACCCCUGUCCCGCCAUGAGCGUAGUGUUCAAGGACCGCUGGCUGGUGUGCAUUAGUGUUGACAGACCUGCACGUGUCCAAGGCUAUUUAUGUGCUUCCUUCGUGUUGGUUUUUGAUUAUGGUGGUGGUUAUUUAUUUAUUUUUUUCCUGGAGGAGGUUAUGGUGCUGCUUGACGGGUGAACAAUGUGAAAGUGUACUUCACUGAAAACGUUUGGUUGGAGCAAGCCUUUUCACUAAAAGCCCUGUCGUCUUUGCUUUUAGUCUUACUGGUAUGUUUAUUGUUUGGUGCCUCUCUACAAACAAGUGUGUCCAGACCAGGUUAUGAAUCUUGAUCUGUUUGUCCAGAUGUAGGAAACUGUGUAAUAAGGAUACCAAACUGAGGAUCUGAAGGUUUUCUUAAUAAAGACAUGUGUUGCAGCUGCUUUUGGGAAGUCCAAUUUGGAGACUGUAUGUUUGCAAAGUGAAAUAUUUACCCUGUAAUCUUAUUACGAGACUAUUUUUCAUGACUCUUUUGACCUUGUCGCAACACUGAGAUAUUUAUCAAAGGGAUUGUUUUUUUGGUUUUUUCCCUGUUCCUGUUCGUAACUCACCUGAAUCGUAACAUGAUUCUUCCUGUUGAACCAAUGCCUCUUGUGCACUUUUGUGAUUCUUGUUCAAUACUGUACCUACAGAACUGACAAACUGGUAAAGUCUAGUUUAAUUAAAA